AUGGGUGUGGACCGAAUUACCAAAGAGGCAGAAAAUGGAAAUACUCAUGCGCAGUUCAAGUUGGGCAUGAUGCACUACGAAGGUGAUCAUGUGAAGCUGGACAAGGCCUUGGCCAGCUAUUGGUUCAUGCAGGCAGCCCAAGCCGGUCUCGAUGAGGCACAGUACCAGAUCAGCAGGAUGCUGUUCCAGGGUGACGGAAUCGAAGCUGACGAGCAAUACGCCUUCCGGUUCUUGACCGCAGCAGCCCAGCAGGGUCACCCUGAGUCGAUGCACAACUUGGGUGUGAAGCUCUACUUCGGGGAGGGCAUUGACAGCGACAGGCGCUCGGCGGCAACAUGGUUCCUGAAGGCCGCGGAGCAGGAACUCCCAGAGGCGCAGAACAACAUUGGUUGGAUGCUUUACUGCGGGGAUUCGAUUCCUAUGAACAUGGAGGCCGGGGUCGCCUGGCUGGAAAAGGCCGCCGACCGCGGGAACGAGGAGGCUCAACAUCAUCUGCAAUCCAUCCGUGGCACAAUGAUCACAGGCUGA